GAGACUGCUGUGUCUGCUUCUGCUAGUGUGCGUGCGUGCGUGUGUGUGUGUGUGAUUUAUUUGUGUGCGUGUGUUUUUUGGAGCUGUUAUAUCCACACCGCAGUGUAACUUGUGAGUUAUGAGAUGAAGUUAAUCGUACUGAAGUAUUUUCUCAUCGCUGCGUCGGCGAGUGUAGCCAGGUGUGCCAAGGAGCCUCGGAGAGACACGGAGGCGGGAAAAGUCACCGAAACACCAGGUCACGACCCGUCUUCGGGCGCGCGAGACACACCUGGAGACUCACAGAAAUUAUCCACGACCUCGAGUCUGGAGGAAGGAGACUUUGAGGCGCUGCUGAAGUCUGCUGCAGCGGAGGCGGAGGUCGACCUGUUGAAGAUACCCGCUAACGACACCGAAACAGCAGCUUCCGCGCAUGAGUCUGAAGAGAAGAUCACGGAGCGACAGGGCUUCGUAAGCGGCCCGAACUUGAAUCCAGACCGUUUGGGCUUUGUGUUCCCCCAUAUACACCACCAUCUUCCUCCCAUCCGACAUCCCCCCAUCCGGCACCCUCCCGUACCCCGCCCGCCCCCCAUACCAAAGCACCGGCCGCCGCCUUACCCGCCCAUACCCGACCACGACGACCACCACGACUUCCACCCGCCGGACUUCGACUUCGAUCCUCCAGACUUCUUCGAGAACUCCGGACUUCCUCAUCCGGGCGACGAACCCUUUGACUUCGGCGCCCCGUUCGAGUCUCACGUUCACGAGCACGACCCCUUCUUCAGUCCGCACUUAGACGACGACUUCCCUCCUCACGAAGAGCACUUCCCACACGACCUGGAUCUCCACAGUCCUCACGACGACCACUUCUCCCCUCCUCCUCCACCACCACCACCUCCACCUCCACUCAAACCCUUCAGCGAAGACCCCAUCGUCUUCCCCAAGAGACCGCCGCCCCACAAGCACCCCCGCCCUUCCAAGCACCCUUCGAAAGAGCCUCCUCCUCACACUCACCACCAUCACCACCACCACCCGCCGCCGCACUUCUCACCACACGUCAACUUCAUCACGGAGGACUCGAUCUACAGGGACGACGUGCCCUUCAAGGAGACCCACAACGACAGGGACAGGAUCCACCCAGGACUCACGCCGGCGGGAGUGAAGGGCCUCGAUCCUGCGUUCAUUUCAUACAUCAAGGAACAGACUAAGCCUUACAUAGACUCGCAAAGUAGAUUUAGGUUCGAGAGGUAAAGGUUUAGUCUUCAUCCUUUAUGGAAAUUGGAAUCACCGAUAUCAUCAUUUUUUUUUUUAAUGUAUGAUUUUUUUUUCAUACUCGUUUCAUUAUUGAUUUCCACGUUGUCAUUGAUCAAUGAUAUACUGAUGUCAUCUCUUUAUUUUUUGUAUGAGUUGUUUAAAACUAUGUAUUAUAUAAGUUUUAUAGCCAAGUUUUAUGUGUUCUUUUGUAACAAAUGGUACUCAGUUUGGGGUGUGAAAGCCAGAUGUUAGAGAUUGCAUUUAAUAUGCCUUUCACUUGAGAGUUUUCAAAUGCUUGUACUUAUUUUCUUAAGGCCCUGAUCUUUCCCUAAAACCGAUCAGGAAUGUUUGAUUACAUUAGACAUUUUCAA